AUGCGUAUUCUCCUUGUGUUGAUCAUCUUGCUAGCAGUCGCCUCCGCUUUUCACCAUGCCCGACGGCACCGACGGCAUCGUCGUCGAAUUCGUCACAAGGUUACGACGUUGAAAUCAGUGCCGGUCGUUAUUUGGCAUGGGAUGGGCGAUAGCUGCUGCAACCCGAUGUCAAUGGGAAGAAUUAAACGCCUCAUAGAAGAAAAUGUUGAUGGAGUGUACGUGAAGAGCUUAAUGUUCGGACAAAACAUGAUUGAGGGCUCCCUGGCAAGACGGGGUGUCGCGCUGUCAUGA